AUGUACGCCCCUACUCCACUGCGCCUCUACGUGGCCGUCACGCGCGGGUUGUGUUCCAGCGCGGUGGCGGCGUCGAGUUCGACUGACGCUGCAUCUUCGCCGAACGUAGCGUCGUCGUCGGCGUCGGAAGGGGUCAGCUACGCCUCGCACCUGGUUGCUUCGAAGGAUCACUACGCACAGUGGGGUCGCGUGCUGCUGGAGGAGAACAGAAAGCGGAUUGGUCCAGAGCAGAUGUUUCGCACGGCCAUUCGAGCCCAACAGCAGCUGCAGAUGCUUGCGGACAAGUGGACGCCGGAUGCAAAAAUUUACUGCUGCGGGUCGUUGGUGACGCACGGACAGAUGGAGUGGGGCAGCGACCUCGACCUUGCCUGUGUCUUCGACGACCCGUACCCCGACCACUCCGUGCAGGCGAAGCGCACGGAAAAGCUGUGGUCAGUUGUCAAGCGCUACGUGCCGCAGUUUCUGCGCAGCAAUCUCUUGGCUCUCACGGAGGCUCGUACCCCUGUCGUGAAACUGCGCUACGUCAACGACGACAAGGUCGCACGGGGGCGGUACGCCGUGCUGACGGAGGAGGAAGACCGCAAGUCGCGCACGACCCUGUGGGAUAUACGCAACCGCCAUCUGGAUUCCAAGGAUCUGGAGUACAUCGCCACAAAGAUGGGGCGGGAAAAUAUCGAGGGCAUCUGGGUGGAGCGGACGACGUAUGGCUGCCGGUGCGCGGUGCAGUGCACGUCGCGCGAGCAAGCCAUCGAGGCGGUCGGCUUCUUCCCAGAUGGAGUGAUCAUGACCAAGGGCAUGCGCGAGGACUACACGCGCGACAUGCUGGACCUCCGAUACGUCCCGGAGAUGUUCAUGUACAAGUGGGAUAUUUCUUUUGUCGCUUACGGCGUCAAGAACAGCUACCUGCUCCGCCACUAUCUGCACAGCGGCCCCCCAGCUGCCCGCCACGCAGCCAUGGCCGCGAAGGCGUGGGGCAAGGCCUCCGGCGUGGGGCUGGGGACGGCAGCCAUGCUCACCUCCUACGCGGUGACGGUCAUGUUUGUUCACUACCUCUUGGCAACUCGGCAGCUGGCCUGGAUCGACCCGUGGUCGCUAGCCCACCCAGUCCACAUGCCGCGCUUCCCCGACUUCUCCCCACUUUUGGACUGCGACCCAGUCGAGCUCGGCAAGCUCCUGCACGGCUUCUUCACCUACUACGCGGCUCACUUCAACUAUGAGAAGAACAUUAUCAGCCUCAGCCGCCCGCGGCUUUCACUGCGCUCCGACGUGAACUGGAACUUCCCGCAGAGCAAGCAGGGCACAUUCAGCUACCUCCUCGGUAUCGAGGACCCAUACGAAGACGUCGGGAUCGGCGGACUGAACCUCGGUCGCCACCUUCAUGCAGCUAAGUUCAACCAGGUGAAGCAGGAGUUUGCGCGUGCGGCGGCCACGAUGGAGCGCUACGUGCCGUCGAAUGCACCAGAAAAGACGAUCCUCGGUGCCAGACGUGGGGGUACGUCGAACCACCACCAUCACCAUAACCGCUUCGAUUAG